UAUAUAUUUUUUUUUUUUAUCGGAUUUUUAUGAUACCUAAUGAAGCCUGUGGUGUUCCACGAUUGAUCAGCGAUAUUCGGGCUCUUUUUUGACCUGGCAACGUAAGAGACGUCACAGCAACGUACUUCUACUUAAAAAUAAUGGCGGACGACGUGGAGCAGCAACCGAACACCAACACAGUAGAGGAGCCACUCGAUCUGAUCAGACUCAGUCUAGACGAGAGGAUCUACGUCAAGAUGAGGAACGACCGUGAGCUACGUGGACGACUGCAUGCAUAUGAUCAGCACUUGAACAUGAUACUCGGUGACGUGGAAGAGACCGUGACCACGGUGGAGAUCGAUGAGGAGACUUAUGAAGAACUUUACAAGUCCACCAAAAGGAACAUCCCCAUGCUCUUCGUCAGAGGGGAUGGCGUUGUCCUUGUAGCUCCGCCCCUACGGGUGGGCUGACCACACCACCUUUCAGUGAAAAAGUUUUUUUUUUUUUUUAAUGUGGCAAUUUUGUGCUUUUUGAAAUCGUGGGUGAUGUAAUAUUUUCUUUACUACACACAUUUUUUUAAAUAUGUUUUUCUUUUCACCAAGCUGAAGAAAAGUUCCC